AUGAUUGCCAACAUCAACAACCACACCAGCAAGAAGCGAUCACGAGACUUCAUUGAACCCGAACAACCAAGGGGCGGCCUACCCACACUCUCAACCGUUCAGGACAACACAAACGGCAGCAGACAGGGCCAGCCCCCACUGUCCUUCUCACCAGUGUCUCGCACAAUGUUCAGUCGCUCACUCCAGGAGAUACCUGGCCUAGCAACUAGCAGUAGCGAUGAUGACCAUAUCCUUGAUGACUACGAUGAACAACUAAGCCAAGAUAAUGACACGGAUGAUCAAGUAGGAGACGAUGAGGAUGAUGAAGACGAUGACGAUAUGAUACUUCACGAUCCAUUUGAGCUCGAGGCCCAUCCCUCUGAGUCAUUGGGUACCAUCAACAGAUACCUUGACAUGAUCAGAAAUAAGAAUGGUGCACCAUCUUUGUAUAAACCAGAUGUACAUAUACCUACUAGCGGCAACUUUGGCCGCCCUGACUCUCCAUGUUUCGCGACGUCUUCCGCUCCAUUGUCCAGUAACGAUCACGGCGCAUCACACAUGGCUCAUCCUUCAUCACCAUUGCCAUCUUCACCACCUUUAUCAUCAUCACAACAAUCACAACAAUCACAACAAUCUCAACAAUCACUUUACAACAACAGGAUUGGUGGCAAUGGCGGACAGGACCUGGGCAGAGUAGAGUUCAACUUGGAACAGAUGAAGAUAUUUGAUGAGGACGAUCCAGAGUUGAUUGAACUGAACACGCCUCACUGCAGCGAGUUGGAUAAUCAUGCUCCGAUGCCAUUGGGCGUCAGAUCCUUUGCCAACUCUCAGCGUCAGUCCUAUCAGUUGUCGCCCAUCGAGUCUGUCAUGGUGAGGUCCAAGAACCCAAUGGCACCAUUCCUUCUUUAUGGUCAUUCAAACAGUAGCUCAUCAUUAGCAGACACUAGUUGUGGUGGAUUGGAUGACACUACUGACCGUGAUGACGACAAUGAUGAAGACAGUGAUGAUGAGGAGCUAGCCUCCUUUACACCAUCAUCCAUCAACACAAUCAAACCAUCAAUAUACAGGGGUAUAACCAACUACUGGCGGCCAAUCAGUGGCAACAGCACCAACAACAAUAACAACAACAACUCUGACAACUCAAGCUCCAACAACUCCAACUCCAACCAUAUAUUCAACCGCGAGUCACCAUUCCACAGCACAAUCUCAGCGGCUGCAGCAGAUAGCAAUAACAGUUGGUACCGAGGCAGUAGGUAG